AUGGACUUUGUUUUUACCACGGAGUACGAUUUUCUCAGUCUUGGCAAUGCUUUUCUGCUGUUGUUUCUGGUGCUCCUUCUGCAUUACUUGAUGGUGCUCUACGAGUUCAGAAACAUGCCACCAGGACCUCGGCUGAUGACUGUGCCUUUGGUGGGCAGCAUAUUUUCUUUAGACUUUAAGGCGGAGAAACUUACCAGCGCUUUUGACAGGUAAUGUUUUUAUACUGCUGAUCUGUUUGUUCAAGUAUAUCAUACUCGAACUCUAGUUUAAUAGCCUGUCAGAAGAACAAAUAGACUAAACAAAACCGUAUUUUGAAAGUAUCUUAGGGAAAUCGUGCAAAAGCAAAGGCGAGGACUGGCAUCGAAAGUUAGUAAGUUAGUUAUGUAAUGACUAAGUCCGCCCGUAUUAUGACUGAGAUGACCACAUACAAGAUUAUCGUAUUAUACAUUUAAGGUCUUAGGUCAUUAUAUUAUCAAAACAAUAUUUUGGGAAUAAAUCCCUCGUAAAAUGGAUUUUACAAAGUAUUAAAACAUCACUGUUGCCGGCAUUGUAACCUCAGCUUUCAGACCAUUACAGAUAAUCAGCAGUUCAGUAGGGUUGAUUGCACAUUGUUUCCGGUCCAAUAUCAACGAAGCUGGCGAGAUCCCCUGGCAUGAUUUGAACGAUCGAUCAGAAUAUAGCUCAAAACCACUUAAACUGAACAUAGCAUUGUUAAACGUAUUUUAGUAUUUAAACAGUAGAUAUAGGCAUAUUUUGAUCCCCUAGAAAUUUUUGAUCUGUUCGGAUUACCUACCUGAAAGUCUUACUAGUGAUCCGAAAAUUAUAGGGAUCAAAACUUACCUUCGAAAAUUUCAGCCAGAAAAAAAGGCUCCCGAAAAUUCUAGAUGACCUUUUUAGGGUAAAAAUCCGUUUAAAAUGGACAAUUAUACCAUUUUUUAGAUGUUCGAAAAUCCUAGGAGAGACAGGCAAGCAAGAAAUUUUACAACAAAUGUUUCGAAAAUUCUAGAUCUCAAAUCGUCUUCCGAACAGAUAUUUUCCGGAAAUUGAAGUUGGGUGCCCCUGAUCGAUACGAUCCAGUCGAUUAUCAUGGAAACCGGCAGCCUGCAAAAAGGUUUCAAUUCUUUUCAGCCCGUUGCCUCAGUCUUAUUGAUCGCACGCAUCGCAAGGUGUUUCCAUAUAAGAGCGUUUCGACUGCCUGUCAUGAUCAUGAUCAUAAGAAAUGCGAAAAACGCGCGGGGGCUGGGGAGAGACAGGGCGGCGGAGGCUCUCUCUCCCAUUUUUCCCGCCGCCACCGCCCCCUUUCCCAAGUCGUGCGCGUCUUAUUUUCGCUUUGCUCGUUUUAAUACGUUCCCACUAAACUAUCUGAGAGCCUGGCACAGGCUAAGACGAUUCGGGCGAUGGAGACGGAUCUGGUCGAUUACAUAAUCUACUAGCACCUCAUGCAAGGUAAUCCAAGACAGCCUUGGAUGCUGAAUUCUAGGCUGUGGAUUCUGGGUUCUAGAGGGGGCCUGAUAUUGACAGUGGAAACUGGAUUCUGGACACUGCUUGAGUAAAAUUACGGAUUCCACAGCCGAAGAUUUUAUGGAUUUCACAGCAAACAUUUCCCAUAUUCUGGAAUUUGGAUUACCUUAUGAAGGUUCGAAAACUAGGGUGAAAGAAAAAUGAGUAAAUAAGAGCUCUCCGCGAAAAUGCAACUUGGUGGUAUACUGUGACUGCAUGGACUGAAGGGAAAGCCUUCAGUAUCACUUUAUUUUUAAUCAGGUCCUGUAAAAAAGAAAAACAACCUUUCAAAGAUCGUUCUUUGACAGAACUAUAUUGAAUGCUCUUGCCGCAGACCUUGGACUAUCUGUUGCUUGUUCUAAAGCUGUCCUUUACAGUCUAUUAGAACCAAGCUCAUGUCGCUUUCUACAUCCCUGAUGGCCAUAUAAAUCGCUCGCUCUUUCAAAAUCUAUAUGCUUGACCUGUAACGCUGCCCAUAAUUUAGGACGGAACAUUACCUGUUGUUUUUAGAUAGUAUAUUGUACUUUUCACAUUUUAGCGAUAAUGAUAAUUGGCGCUCGCUGUUGCAUAAGUCCCCGCCUGUACUCUUGUGAAUAUAUCUACAUUUUUUUAGUGUCACUCAUCUUAUUUUUUGGCGAAGUUUGUAAAAAUAAAAAUAAAAACCUGCCCCUCGUUCUCUACUCGAGCGUACCCGGUCAAGUAGUUCAAGAACUUGGCUCAAGGGAAAGUGCGGUAGAUGGGCUUAUUGUGUUCGCAUUAUUUCGCCCAUGACUCACGUCGCUUGGUGGCUCACUUUUUGUUCUUUCUCCAUUCUAUUUCAUAGUCUAAAGAUAAAGUACGGAGGUGUUUUCUCCAUGAAAUUUGGAAGCUACAAGUUUGUAAUGGCCUCAACUCCUGAAGCCGUUAGAGAAAUGCUCCUGAAGAAGUCCGUUGAAUUCGCUGGAAGACCACAAACAUACUCUAUUGUUACAAGGACGUUAGGUAGGUAUUAUAUGUACAGGACUUACCCUGAAUUUAUUCAUAAGCUUCUCUUAAUCCUCUCAGGGGUUCUUUAAUUUUGUUUGGAAAACUUUUUCGCCCGAUGUACGUUCACUAAUUUUACGAGGCCAUGGUCAUCCAAGCCACUCGAAGGUCUAGCCGCCUGCAGUGCAAAGGGAGUACCUCCAUUUCUCAGUUAUUUUAGGACACUGAGUAUUGGCCCGGCCCCGCGGGAAUCGAAACCGCGACCUCCCGCUCUCCCGGUCAAACCCUGCACCGACUGAGGUCUAAUCCUUGGGCGGUUAAAACUAAAAUUAAGCAACAUUUUUUAUUCCUAUACAGGUGGUAAAGAUAUUGCGUUCGGUGACUAUGGCCCUGGCUGGAAAUUCCACCGCAAACUGUUCACAACAGCCUUGCGCCAAUAUGUCUCAGAUAUUCCUUUGAUCGAAAAACGAAUCUCAGCACAAGCCAAGAAACUGGUACAAUUCAUGGAAGACCAACAUGAAAAACCGUUUGAUCCCACGAAUUGUCUGAUGCAAAGUGUUGCUGAUGUCAUCUGUGGAAUCACCUUUGGUGAAGGCUAUGACACUACGCAUCCAGAUUUGAAGGAAUUAUUGCGACUCUGCGAACAAGUCGUGAAAAAUGAAGACAUAGCUCAGCUAGUAACUAUGUUGGAUUUCUUUCCAUUCUCAAGAUAUCUGCCCAUCAAGGCCUACGAUCGCUUUAUACAGCCUUUCUUUAAAAUGCAUGACAUAAUUCGAAAAUUUUUGAGACAAAGAGAGGAUAAUUUUGAUCCAACUGAGCCUGUAGAAGAUUUCAUCUCUGGGCUUCUUUUCGCUAGAAAGGAAGCUGAGUUUGACAGCGACGCUGAGCGAUCAGAUUUUCUCAGUGACGACUAUUUGGUAAAUGCUGUUCAAAACAUGUUCGGAGCCGGCUACGAAACAACGACUACCACACUAAAAUGGGUCAUCGCUUUCUUAGUUAACUAUCCUGAGUACCAAGUCCACAUUCAGCGUCAACUAGAUGAGGUAGUCUUUAGGCGUGGCCCCUCCCUGUUCGACCGACAAAACCUUCCCCUAAUUCAAGCGACCAUCAUGGAAGCUCUCAGAGUCGGAAACGUGGGGCCUCUUUUGUUACCUCAUGUCACCACUACUGAUACGACGCUCUGUGGCUACCGCGUUCCCAAGGAUACUAUCGUGUUUCCAGACACUGAAUCUGUCCACCUAGAUCCCAAAUGCUGGGAAGACCCGGCCGUGUUUAACCCAUACCGCCAUAUUGAUGCAAACGGCAUGUUGAUGACCAGCCAGGGUAAUUUUUACCCUUUUGGAGCUGGUCGUCGGGUCUGUGCCGGAGAAACUUUGGCUAAAAUUGAGUUGUACCUCUUUGUCUCCUGGUUAUGUUAUAACUUCACCUUCGUCCCUGAAAUAGAUGGCCACCCACCAAGUUUGAAGGGAAUUCUAAGCAUUACUCAGUUUCCUGCUCCGUACAAAAUACGCGCCAUAAAAAGACAUCUUUAUCUAAGCGCUAACUGA